AUGAUUAAGCCAUGCCUUUCUAUUCUAUUCCUGGCCGCUCUCGCCACGUGUCAGAAGAAGACGGCCACGUUAGUGUCGGCGGAAGGAGAAACGCCGUCGAUUAAAGUUAUAAAAACCACAGGUGCUCUGAGAAAUAGAGAAAUCAAAAAUUCGAUGAUUUUGGGAUUCAGGAUCACUUCUCACUGCAAUAGACAUUUCGAAAGCCGAUUUGGAUUGGGAGCAGAUUGCGGAGCAGCAGGAAGAAAAUCAAAAGUCAUCGGAGCGUCCGACAGUCGUAAGCGACGAAUAUGUGGCCGAAAAAGUCGACGAACCACCGAGGUAAGCGUGUAAAACCUGGUUGAAUAAAAUUGAAUCGACGCUGAAAUAUUCGCAAUAACUAUUUAUUUCUUCAGCAUCGAAAGUGAAGCCGACUUUCAUCACGGAAUGGCUUUCAUUGAACGUGGAAAGGGGCAUGGACGUGAAGGACGAGUGGCCGCGCACAAAAUGUUCGAAAGAGCCGCCGCUCAAGGACAUCAGGAAGCGCGGAAAGUGAUGGCGUACGCGUAUCUAUUUGGAGACUACGCCCGAUGGUCCAUCCAAGAAGCGAAGACUAUUUUUGAGGAACUGGAAGAGAAAGGGUCUCCGGAUGCUCAACUCGCCAUAGGAUUCAUGCACGGCGCGGGCAUCGGAGUCGAGAAAUCGAAUCAGGCGAAGGCGCUCAUCUAUUAUAUGUUCGCUGCGCUUGGAGGAAAUCCGUUGGCUCAGAUGACUAUGGUAAGUUUUUUAAAUUUAAAUGUGAAUAUGUUGAUAACAAUGUCUUUUCUAUUUAGGGCUUCCGGUACAGUCAAGGCGUGGGAGUGCCGCAAAACUGCGAAACGGCACUUUCAUACUAUCAAAAAGUAGCGAAGACCGUGGUGGAUAAUGUAAAGUUUACAACGGGCCAGACGAUUCAACGUGUCCGCCUCACCGACGAGACAGAUCCGACGGUUCACAUGCAGCCGGGAACGACGCCGUUGGAGAGCAAUCUUCUGGAAUAUUACCGGAUGCUUGCGGACAAGGGAGACACUUCGGCUCAAUUAGGACUCGGACAGAUCUACCUGACCGGUGGACGUGGCCUCAAUCAGAACUUUGAGCUCGCCUUCAAAUACCUUCUCUCGGCCGCCGAAUCCGGAUCUGCAGACGCUUUGACGUAUCUCGGAAAGAUGUAUCUGGAUGGAACACCAUUUACACCCAAGGAUUACCAGAAAGCCUUCGAGUACCUUAUCAAAUCAGCCGAUAAAUCGAGUCCAGGCGCACAGGCAGUGCUGGGGGCGAUGUAUAUGAAGGGAAAGGGCGUGAAGAAGAACUACGAGAAGGCAUUGAAGCUGCUGACAUUGGCGGCCGACAAGAAGAACGCCGACGGACAAAUGUAUCUGGCAGAAUUACAUUAUAGUGUGUUGUUUGCGUAUUAAGAAUGUGAAGCCAAACAAAUACCAUUUCGUUUUGCAGAAGGCGUUCCAACGACCAAAGGAAUCCAUCGUGAUUUCAAAAAAGCGGUUAAACUGUAUCAGCUGGCCUCCCAAAACGGUCACAUUUUGGCCUAUUACAACUUGGCUCAAAUGCACGCUGCCGGCACUGGAGUUCCCCGAUCUUGCUCGCACGCAGUCGACCUUUUCAAAUCAGUAGCCGAACGGGGAAGAUGGGGAGAGCGAUUGAUGGAAGCACACGCCGCGUAUAAGGACAAUCGACAUGACGAGGCGGCAAUGAAAUAUUUGUUCAUGGCCGAGCUGGGAUACGAAGUGGCACAGACGAAUCUCGCGUACAUUUUGGAUCGUGACGAGGCCAAUCAUCUGUUCUCCGGACCCAGAGAAAACAAUCUGGAGCGGGCGUUCCUGAACUGGCAAAGAUCUGCUAAUCAGGGUAAGAUAUUGAUAGUUCAAAGUCAUUAAAAAGCAAUUAUUUUGUGCAGAAUAUCCAACGGCUCGUGUGAAACUCGGCGACUACUUUUAUUACGGUUUGGGUACGGAAUCAGACCACUCGCUAGCGUUCUCCAACUACAAGUUGGCGGUGGAUCGACACGGCGUGGCGCAGGCGAUGUUCAAUCUCGGAUACAUGCACGAAGUGGGCGAGGGAAUCACCAAGGAUCUGUACCUGGCAAAGAGGUUCUACGAUCAGGCCAUAGAGCACAGUCAGGACGCGUACAUGCCUGCGAAAUUGGCGCUCAUCAAACUGGCGUUCGUGUUCUAUUUGGAGGAGUUUAACCGACUUCCGCUCGUCUCGUUCUUGGAAGAGACUGUCGGCCCUCGAUGGGAUGCGGUUCUGAUGCUCGUCACGGCAGCCAUCCCGAUAUAUAUCCUCUACAGACGAAGGGAUCCGAAUAGAGCAUAA